AGUGAUAAACUGUAUAUUUGGUCAAACGUGAAUGUCGUAAACGUCCUAGUUUAGCCAAGUUUUUUAAGUUACUGCAGCGAAACAUCUGAAGUUAGAUUUUCAUUUAAAAAUGUGAUGAUACGGAAAUUGUAUCGUCGUUAUCUGCUGUUAAAACCUUGGACAUAAUACAUAUGUUCUGCUCUUCAAUUACAAUUACUUAAGUUGCAUUGAAUCAUUUGCAACACAUGAUAAUAGAUAAUGGAUCCAAAUAUUGAAAGCGAGUUAUUAAAUGCCAUUAGUGAUGAUUUUUUAAUUAAGCAAUAUAAAGAUAUUGUUGAUCAACAAAUUGAAGCACAAGGGUUUCCUAAAUUGUGUAAAAGAGCUAUCACAAAAGAAGUAAAAGAAGCAGUCCAAAAAAUUAAUAAUGAUCACAUAGAGAUAAAAAAAUUAAUUCAAGAUGUAUCACAACGAUAUCAAUUGUACAGUUCUAAUAAAAAAACAAGAAAAAAAGAAGAUAAUGUCCAAGUGAAGAGUUCUUCAAAUUGUUCAAAUAACAUAGUUAUUGUAAUUGAUGAUGAUGACGACGAUGAAAGUAAUUAUGUACCUAAAACAUCAACAACAACUAGUUCAAUAUUGUUGUUAAAUAAUAAUUCAAGCACUUUAUCAGUGACAACAACCUCUACCUGUUUUGUUAUUCAACCACCUACUCAUACACUUCCUCAAUUAACCUCUGAUGCACCCACUUAUAUUUCCUUAUUAUCACCACCCCCUCUUGCAGUAAAUGAAGAAUUGUCUAAAACAGAAAAUUACUCUGAAGAAUGUUUAAAUAAUGGACCAAGUUUAGAACAUAUAAAUUGUGCUGAAACUCCUUCGACUAACAUUUCUAAAAAUAUAGCAGAAAAUAUAGUUACAACUUUAUGUAAUUCAACAGCUUGUUCUUAUGCUGAAAUAGCUAAAGACACUGAAAAUAACAAUAAGCAUUGUACAAAUGAACAAAAUAAAAUUGAGAAUCAAAUAAUAGAUAAGGAGUUUGAAUUGAUUAAGUCAUCUGAGUGUUCGCAAGCAAAAGAUGCUAAUUUAAAUAACAACAAAACAGAUUUACAUAUUAACGAACAUGAAAACAAUUUUCUAGAUAAAGAAGAAAACCAGGAUUCAUCUGUAGUGUCAAGAGAGCUGCUAGAAGAGGAAAAAAAUGUUUCUAAUAAAACUUUAAUUGUUUCUAAUGGUGAAAAAGCAUCAAAAAAUAGUUUUAGCUUUCAAUUUCAUAAAAAGACUGAUUUCGAAUCUGUUCCUUCAUCACCUUUAUCAUCUUCAACAUCUUCCGAGUUUGGUAAAUCAACAAUCUCAGCUGAUUCUCCAGCUUCUAAUGCUUUGUGUGUAGAUAUUGAAAAUUAUUCAUCUGAGAGAUCUGCUCCUAGUAGUCAAGAUAUGCAUUCCUCUCCUGAUUCACAAUCUUCUCUCAAAAAUGAGAUUAAAGUUGAAGAUUCAAUGUUUAAUUAUAGAGAUCAUAGUUUAGUUUAUGCAAGACCAGAUAAAAGUGACAUUUGGUAUCAAGCGGAGAUUAUUAAAGAGUUAUCGCCAUUUAGAAAAGAGAGACGGUUUCAGGUACAUUUCUUAUCAGGUCAAAAGAUAACUCAGAAAAUUUUAAUUCGAAGUCUGGCAUCUAUUCAUUCAAUUGACGCUACUAGUGUAAAAAUAGGAAGCAGAAUUGUAGCCCCACGACCAAGUGACACAGUUAACUCUACCAUAUCAAAGAAAUACAAAGAUAUCAGCAAUAGUGCUGGUGUAAUAAGUGUUAUGUUUGCAGGUAUAGUUGCAGAAGUUGCUUGUGAACAAAACAAAUUUAGAUACCUGAUUUUUUUUGAUGAUGGAUAUGCACAAUAUCUUCCUUUAAAAAAACUUUUUCCUGUUGUCUUUACUUCUAAAGAUGUUUGGAAUGAUGUCUCAAUCGAUUGUAGAGAGUUUAUCAAAGAAUAUCUUCAUGAGUAUCCCUAUAGACCACUUCUCAAUGCAAAAAUAGGAUGCGCAAUGCAAACUGAGUGGAAUGGUUCAUGGUGGAAAUCAAAAGUUAUUUCUGUAGAUGGUUCCUUAAUAAAGGUGUUAUUUGAUAUUGACAAAAGAUCAGAGUGGGUAUAUAAAGGAACUACACGUCUUGAACCAUUAUACAAUUAUUUUUUGAACCCAAAGAGCUCAAAAAACAAAAGCACAACAAGUGAUUGGGUUAUUGAUAAAAAAAUUACUCAUCCUAAUUUUGGAGUUUGUUGCUAUAGUUUAAAGGAUCCUAAAGGCGAGCAACAAAGACUUGAGUGGGAUAUUCCAAAUGAAGAACAACAUUAUAUUUGUGAAAAGAAAGAAAGUAAUGAGAAAGAAGAAAAAGCUUUAAAACUAAAAUUAAUUAAUUUAUCUACUCUAAAGCGCUGCAGUUCAGCUCUCAGUUCCAGUUCAGAAUCUAGUAACCUUAGUAACCGCGUUGUAAUUAAACAUAAUAAAAAAAGAAAAGUAAUCACUGACACUGAAGAAAGCUCUCCAGAAAGAAAUUCAGCUAUCUUAUCUUGUCAAGAAUCUGUACAUGCUUCUUCGGCUCUUCAAUUAAGUCCAGAACAGUCCACAGGUGUUUCUUUGUUUGAGUCUACAGUUCAAUCUAGCAUUGCAGUAUCAUCUGUUACAUCUACCGAAAAUUAUCUCUCUACAACUCUUCAAACAACUCUCUCAAGUAUUUGUACAGAAACAUUGUCAAAUAACAGUAUUACAUCACUCAACUCUUUAGUUUUAAAUACAGAAGAUAUUUAUCAAAAUAAAGAAGCUGAAAAUGAUUCUCUUUAUGUUCAACACACUUGCAGUUGUGCUUGUAUUAAAGACAAAAGAAGUUUGUUUGAUCAGCAUCGUUUAGGAAUAUAUAAUUAUUUAUCUAUUCCUUUACAACUUGGAUGGAAAAGAGAGAGUUCUAAGAAGAGGUUAAAUUACCACAGAGAUAUUUAUUAUAGAGCGCCUUGCUGUAAAAGGAUGAGGAAUUUGAGCGAAGUAAGCAAGUAUUUGACUCUAACUAAUUGCAAAAAUGUUUGCAUUGACAUGUUUUGUUUUCAAUCAAAUAUUUCUUGUCGUAAUAACACAACUAAAUCAAAACCUAAUCUUUUACGCAUCGAAGAUAUUUCAAAUGGAAAAGAACUUUGUCCUGUUGUAUGUGUUAAUGAGAUUUCAACUGAUCGUCCUCCUCCUGUUAUUUAUAUAAAUGAUAGAAUUAAAGCUGAGGAUGUGUCAAUAAAUACAGAUCCUGGUUUUUUAGUCUGUUGUGACUGCACAGACAAUUGUCAAGAUAAAACCACUUGUCGUUGUGCAAGAUUGACUAUAGAGAGCAGUAAUGCUAUUGAUGGAGAAAUUGAUAAAAAUUCUGGGUAUCAUUUUAGAAGACUUAAAGAAUGCAUUGCAACAGGUAUUUAUGAAUGUAAUCAGAAUUGUUCAUGUUCUCGUGUCACAUGCUAUAAUCGUGUUGUACAAAAUGGAAUUCAACUUCGUUUGCAAGUGUUCCUCACUGAAAAUCGAGGCUGGGGUCUAAGAUGCAUAGAUGAUAUCCCCAAAGGAACUUUUGUUUGCACAUAUGCUGGACAAGUUUUAAAUGAACAAACAGCUAACAAAGAAGGAAUUGAUUUUGGCGAUGAAUAUUUGGCUGAGCUUGAUCACAUUGAAGUAGUUGAACAAGCCAAAGAUGGUUAUGAGUCAGAUAUUCCUGAGUUAAGCAGUCAAUCAGAUUAUUUAAGUAGUGAUGAGUGGCAGAGUGACAGCAGUUACUCAAUUGUUAUGAUAUCAUCUGACACUGAUCAGUCUGAUCACAAUGAAUCUCAACCCGAUAUUAGAAACAAGGAGAUUAGAUGUGAAAAUAACAAUGAAACUAAAACUGAUAUGAAGAAUGUUUGUGAGGAUUCAAAAAAAAUGACAGCAACAAAGGUAACUGAAGUUCGGCAAGUUGCAAAAAAAUCAACAGGGGCAAAAGCGCAUGCUUAUAUGAGUCAUCGGGGGAAAUUUUUUAUGACACAAAGACUUGAUGCAGCAGCUGGUAAUAAUACACAUAAAUAUUGUGACCGCUUAUCAACAAGGCAUCUUUAUCAAAAUGAUAACCAAAUGUUUAUACUGGAUGCAAAAUCAUAUGGUAAUGUUGGUCGUUAUAUGAAUCACAGUUGCAGUCCAAAUCUUUUUGUGCAAAAUGUAAUGGUUGAUACUCAUGAUCUCCGCUUUCCAUGGGUGGCAUUUUUUACACUAUUUAACAUUCCGGCAUACACUGAAUUAACAUGGGAUUAUAACUACGAAGUCGGUAGCGUUCCAAACAAGCAUCUGUCUUGCAAAUGCGGUUCUAAGCAAUGUAAAGGCAGAUUACUUUGAUAUUUAUAGCAAUAUUUAUAAUAGACAUUUUUAUAAAAUAAUCUACAAAUUGUUUUAACUUUGACAUCAAUGUAACAAAAAUUAUAGCUUUUAUAUCACUUAACAUUUUAUAUGUGACUGUUAAUCCUGAGCAUAUGUUGUAUUUAAUCUAAUUGUAUCAAAUAAAUUCUAAAAGCAAA